AUGGAAAUCAAACAAUCGCGAAGAAUCCUCAUCCUCGGCAAACGUGAAGCCGGCGCGUUAGACAUCAUCAAAGAUCUAACGGGUUCCGCCCCCUCUCCCUCGCCAGAUGGCUCCACAGCAGGUCUCACUCACGAAUGGAAUGUCCAGACCAACUACUACACCGCCAAAGUCCCCAUCUGGGUAGACGAGCUCUCGGAUCCAACGACCUGGAAAUCCGACUUCCUCCGCCCGGAAGCCAAGCAAGUCAUCGAUGCGGUCGGGGCCUGGGUCUUCUGUUUCCAACCACAGAAAGAUGGACGAGGCAUAGGCAAAGAUGCUGAAGAGGCGAUGCGGAGUAUACAAGAAGUGGUGGAGGAGCAUGCCGGGUAUGGCGGGGAUUGCGUGAUGCUCGCUGUGGCCAAGUCGGCGGGGAAGGAAGUCGUCCCUACCAGCGGCGGGGAGCAGGAGGACAUUUGCAUGCAGUACGGCUUCGAGUGGAUUGACUAUGCGGCGACGGGGAGUAAUGAGUUUGGGGAGAAGGUUGGGCUGGAGCGGAUCAAGGAAGCUCUGGAAGCCAACGAGUGGGAUGCUGAGGGUGAUGAGGAUGAUUUGGGGCUGGACUUGGAGAAUCUGGAUCUUGACCAUGACCUUGGUUUUGCGCGGGAAGAGGCUGAAAUGACGGCAGAACUAUUUGGCAUGAAGGCUGCUCUCAAUGGAGAUGACGAUAUUCUGCCGCUCUCUCAACAGGAAAAUCAAGUGGAUGAUCUGGAUAGGAUCAUGGGCAGACUUCUGGCCGUCAAGGAACAGAGUGCUGACCUUCCCGAGGCACAGCGGAGACGAAUGGCUGCCAAGGCGGUGCAAGAGCUGUUCAAGGCCGGUGAUCCUGCUUGA